AUGAUCAUUCCUUCAUUACCUGAUGAUUGUAUUCACGAAAUUUUUCAAUACCUUCAAAAUGAUCGAACCACCCUUUAUCAAUGUCUCUUCGUGAAUAAAUUUUGGUGUGGCUGUGCUAUACCUUUAUUAUGGAAGCAACCUUUUUCAAAUUUUAGAUGUUGGGAAUUUAUAAUUCGAACUUAUCUCGAUUGUUUAAAACCUUUAGAACUUUUAAAUUUAAAACCUUAUAAUCUUUUGAUACCAUUCUCUUCCUCGCCACCAUUAUUUGAAUAUGAACGAUACCUUGAAUCCUUUUCAAAUUCUGAUAUGGAAAUUGGAAUUAUUACUUGGUUACGAUUUGGUACAUCUGAUUUACCGGAGAUAUCAUUAUUUCAUGAAAUUAAAUCAUUAUCAUAUCCAGGAAUUUCAAAAUUAAAAAGUUUAGAUUGUUGUAUUGGACAUAAAAAUCAUGAAAUUAAAUUAUAUCAAAAUACCAUGAACCUUUUACAAAAUUGGGGAAUAAUUUGUACAAGUUUAAAAAGGAUUUGGGUAUCAGUUUGUGAAGAAAAUGUUGCAUCACAAGAUUUAAUAUCAAAUAUUAUUAAAUCACAAAAGUACCUUUUAGAAUUUAAAUUUACUGGAGUAGAUAAUAUUACAGAGAAUGUUAUAACUUCAUUAAAAUAUAAUUCCCAAUUUUUAAUUACAUUAAAAUUUUGGAUGCUUAAAUUAGAUGGAAUAUCAUUUGAAGGAUUAAGUUCAUUAAAAACAUUAGAAUCACUUGAUAUUCAAUGGUCCGGAGAUACAUUAUUAGAUUUAAAAUUUGAUAUAAUUACAAUGGAAACGAUCGAAUCAGCAUCAAAUUAUUGUCCAAACAUUAUAAACCUUUGUACCACGACCAAGAAAGAAUGUUAUGAUUAUUUAUUUCCUUGGAUUAAAAAAUUGAAAUUAAAAAAAUUAGAUUUUUAUUCAUCAGGAAUUGAUUUAAGUGAAGGAAUUCGAUUAUUAGGAGAAAAUAUUUCACCCACAUUAACUUAUUUAAAUUUUGAUUAUAUUUCAUGUACACCAGAAUCUUUUGAAUAUUUUUUAAAAUUAUGUAAAGCUCCAUUAACAACUUUGGUAAUUUUAUUUUCUAAAGAAUUUAUUGAUAAUUGUUUAGAAAGAAUAAAAGAUUUCGUGGUAGAAAGGAAAAGUAUGAGAAAUUUAGUAUUUGUUUGUACACCGAUUCUUUGGUUAAAAUGGAGUAAAAAAGAAUUAGAAAUUAUUAAAAUCAUGGAAAAGUAUGGACUUAAAGUUGUUAAAUCUAUUAGUCGUAAAUUUUAG